GCGCACUACAGUCCUGACCUACAUUUUUUUUUUGUGCCUGCAGUAAGACUGGAAGACCAGAGUUGUUACGGUCGGACGCGAGAGAUUUCCCACGGAACUGCUCAUGGUGAACUUGAUUUUCACGUUCACUAGAUAGUAGCGAUAGUAUGAUCGAUAUUGGCCAUCUGAUUAUAGUGAGCGUGAUCAGCUAAAGAAGAGGAAAAAAGCAUUAUGGAUACCAAAGACAGAUGGACUUUUAGGUUGCUGCUUUCCAUUUUAAUCGUGUUAUCGGAACCGGACUCUGUCGUAGGUGCCAAAGCCAUGAAUGGGACACACGAGGGCGCUAUUCUGGAUUCUGGAAGGGCACCUUUGAGCAUCUCUAGGAUCCAUCAGAUUAUUGCCCGGGAAGGCAAUAGUGCCUUGAUAGACUGUAAUGUAACAGGGGACCCAAUCCCUCAUUUUCAGUGGUACAACUCGAAUGGUAACUUAUUGGAUUCCGGGGAAAAUGGAAAGUGGUGGAUUUUAGACAAUGGAAUCCUAAAUAUCACCAGCAUCACUUUUGAUGAUCGUGGCAAGUACACAUGUGUGGCCACUAAUGUUCAUGGCAGCACCAAUUAUACAGUAACUCUCAGGGUUGUAUUCACCACUGGAGACAUGGGGAUAUAUUACAUGAUUGUUUGCCUCGUGGCCUUUACCAUUGUCUUAGUAUUGAAUAUUACUCGGCUAUGUAUGAUGAGCAGCCACUUAAAGAAGACAGAGAAAGCCAUCAAUGAGUUUUUUAGGACGGAAGGUGCUGAGAAACUGCAGAAGGCUUUUGAAAUUGCCAAGCGUAUCCCAAUAAUAACCUCUGCUAAAACACUGGAGCUAGCAAAAGUGACCCAGUUCAAAACAAUGGAGUUUGCCCGUUAUAUUGAAGAGCUGGCCAAAAGUGUGCCUCUGCCACCUUUGAUUAUGAACUGUAGAACUUUCAUGGAAGAGAUUAUGGAGGUAGUUGGUAUUGAAGAGCAGCGACAUACUUUUGUUAAGCAAGCCCCUGAGAGAAGAGAUGAAGGUACUGACAGUGGAGGAUCAGAUGUUUACACUAUCCCAAACUCCUUGAAACGUAGUGAAUCCCUUACUGGAGAUUCUGAUGAUGCUUCUUUACAAGAUCACCCACAGCACAUUGCAAUUAAGGUUUCUGUGCAUCCUCUGUCAGGAAAGACAAGCAGCUUAGAUACCCAGUCUGAACACAGCGUUCAGAGUGACGCCAAGGAAGUCUUGACUUUAACAGAACCUGAAUUGCCUCCUAAUGAUCAAGUAGAGCCUGCACAGCCAGAAAAAGGCAAAAACAGCAUUGUGUUAUAUGAAAGCCAUGUUUAAUAUUCAAUAAUUAAGAUUAGUAAAUAUCUAUGCACUCUCUAAAGUAAAAUUACAGCAAACAAAGACAUUAAACAUUUUGCUAUGAGUAUUUUGCUCCAUGGCCUUAUCAGAAAAUUCAGUUUAGAUUAAUAACCAACUGUGCAUUUAUAUGUAUUUAUUGAAAGGUAUAAAUGAUAGUUUACUUUUCCUUUAGACUCUGACUGGUAUGCUUCUUAUUCUUUGAAGUUGUUAAUUUUUGUUUCCUUAUUUAUUUCAGUAUUUUUUAACCAUAGUUUCAUAGAAGUUAUGAAGGUAUACUGUAUAUUGGAAUUUGGUUUAACUUUAUGUUUCGCCUUUUAUUGCCAUACCAACCUUAUGUUUUUUCAUAGAAUUACUUGUGGAUGGCAUAUCUUCUGUAGUAACUUGACAGUAUUUGGCUUUAUUUUGGUAAAUAAUGCCCUGGUGGCUACAAAAAGAGCCAAGUGAUGUAUAUGUACCAAGAGUUUCUUGUAACCAUAAUUGAGGCUUUUUCUCAGUCAUUGCUCAUUUUCACAGAAAUAAACCAAUCUGUAGUCUUGA